CGUAAAUCACCGCGUUUCUACUGUUUAUUCAUGCAAAUUAGUUUGUCUCCGAUCGACGAAAAUGUCGAAGAUGAAACACUUUUUGCGGAAGCUUCACAUCCGCGAUCGCCACCAUCACAGGAGGCAUUCCUCAUCUCAAACGCAGCAAUUGAACUCCACAUCGACGUCGCCGCCGACGGGUGACCAUUCGAGCAAUAGCGACGAGGAGGAGUUUCAGAUGCAAUUAGCGCUGGCUAUAAGCGUUUCCGAUCCGGGUCAGGAUUGUAUUGACCCGGAAACCGCCCAAAUCAACGUUGCUAAGCAGAUUAGCCUUGGCUGCGCGCCUUCUCAGAACCUCGCGGUCUUUGUUUUUGUGAUGCAGAGUUUUAAUGUUGUAAAUUAUGGUGAAAAGGUUAUAGAUGGGUUCUAUGAUGUUUGUGGAAUAGAUUCAACUCUGGCGGUCACAAAGAAAAUGCCGUCACUUUUGGACCUUAAAGCAAUGUCUCAUUUGGAAGAUAUGGGAUGUGAGGUGGUUCUAGUCAACCGUAUAGAUGAUGUGGAUCUCCGGAAACUUGAAGAAAUAGUUUAUUGUAUGUCUGUUGACAAGACUUUGAGUACAAAUUUUCUAGCGCAGAAAAUUGCCGACCUUAUUGUUGAUAGAAUGGGAGGUCCCGUUAGUGUUGUUGAAGAAAUGUUGAGAAGGUGGAGGGCAAGGAAUCGUGAGUUACGAGUCUAUUUGAAUUCAGCCAUCCUUCCCCUUGGCUCCCUUGAUGUUGGUCAUUCACGUCAAAGGGCUCUACUCUUUAAGGUCCUUGCUGAUAGGGUUAACCUUCCAUGCAAGCUAGUCAAAGGCAGUUACUUCACUGGUAUUGAUGAAGGAGCUGUGAACAUGAUAAAAUUAGAGGAUGGAAGUGAGUACAUCAUUGAUCUAAUGGGUGCUCCAGGCACACUCAUUCCUACCGAGGUACCUAGUUCCCAACAUCAUACUUUUGAAUUGAAUGCAAGGCGUAUUGUUACUUCUCCAGGGAGUCUGAAAACCUGCCGUACAGCACCUGAACAAUGGGCUCUGAAGGGAUCAUUUCCACCUGGUACUUCAGGUGCACCAUCUGUGGUUUCCUUCCACUCAAAUUUAGUAGCCAGGAGAUCUGCAGGAAUAAUCUUGACAGAGCAGUUGGAUCAUAAUGUCAAAGAUCUUUAUCUUCCACAGGAGGACAAUUGUAGAGAAGAUCAAGUAUCUUUUACCAGGAACGGUUGUAGAGAAAAUGUGUUUAAACUAGAUUCAGCAGGACAUAAGUCAUCUUUUAAUAAUCCCUGGGUGCAAAACACGCCAGUGGAUGAUAGAAAUGACGAGGCCAUCUCAACUGUCAAUGCUGGUUUUGGUAUAGAUGUUGACUCUUCUGGAAAUAAUUUGCAAAUUGAUCCUGUGCUCAAUGGAGUUGCUGAAAUUUUAUGGGAGGAUCUUCAGAUUGGUGAACGUAUCGGUAUAGGUUCAUACGGUGAGGUAUACCGAGCAGAAUGGAAUGGCACGGAAGUUGCAGUGAAGAGGUUUAUGAAACAAGAUAUCUCAGGAGAUGCACUUGCACAAUUCAAAUGCGAGAUUGAGAUCAUGUUAAGGUUGAGACAUCCGAAUGUUGUCCUUUUCAUGGGAGCUGUGACACGCCCCCCUCAUAUGUCCAUAUUGACUGAAUUCCUUCCAAGGGGUAGUUUAUAUAAGCUGCUGCACCGACCAAGUGUCCAGAUAGACGAAAAAAGGAGAAUAAAAAUGGCCCUCGAUGUGGCAAAGGGAAUGAAUUACUUGCAUACUAGCCAUCCUAUCAUUGUGCAUCGAGAUUUGAAGACCCCAAAUCUCCUUGUUGAUACAAAUUGGGCUGUCAAGGUGUGUGAUUUUGGCAUGUCUCGUCUGCAGCACAAUACUUUCCUAUCUUCGAAGUCCGCAGCUGGAACGGCAGAAUGGAUGGCCCCAGAGGUUCUGAGAAAUGAACCAUCCAAUGAGAAAUCUGACGUAUAUAGUUUCGGAGUCAUACUGUGGGAGCUGGCAACUCUGCGAGUGCCAUGGACAGAGAUGAAUUCAAUGCAGGUGGUUGGAGCCGUUGGAUUCCAGGGUAGGCACCUUGAUAUCCCACCCACGGUUGAUCCCCUGGUAUUCGAGAUAAUAAGUGACUGUUGGAAUAGAAAUCCACAGGCACGCCCUUCUUAUAACCGGCCUCAAGGGUGUGCAGCGCCUCAGUGUGCGUAUAACCGAGAGUUGCAAGUAUCAGGAAUAAUACCAUUGUAGCAGUAGCUGAGAGCUCGUCUCUGGACUCGAAGAGCCAGUUUGAGCAGAAAUCGAUAAUUCAAGAAUUCGUUUGGACCAAAGGCCAUUGGUACGCAGGAAAGUUGCUGAAUUGGGAAGCGUUGAUUCAUUCAAAGUGGGAAUUGAACGCAGCCGAUUCAGAAUAUAUAGAGCAAGUCCUCAACUUCAAAGUUGGCACAAAAGUGUGCAGUUGGGGAACAACUUUAGCAAGUUUCUGCUGGGGAAAGCUUGGUCCUUAAAUUUGUAUGGUUCUAAAAACAUGGGAGAGGAAUUCAUAAGGACUUUUUCUCUCUUAAUGUUCUUAGGGUUGAAAAACAAUGUAGUUAUGAUCAUCUAUUAGAAUGUCUAGAAUAAAAAGAAGAUAGGAAACAGAAAAAAAGGGAGUUGUUGAGAUCGUCAUAAUAGCAAAUGUAAAAAAAGGUCUCUGCGGUUUAUACCUUGAUUUGAGUUUAAUUUGUACAUUUCU